GCCAUGAAUUGGAAAAACUUUGCCGUGCCGAAUUGCCCUCCAACCGUUUACUAUGUGCCUGAUUUCAUCACAAAAGAGGAAGAAUGUUCAAUCAUGCAAGCGAUCGAUAAGACUCCAAAGCCGCGUUGGACACAGCUAUCGAAUCGACGGUUGAUUAAUUACGGUGGUGUACCUCAUCCAAAGGGGAUGAUAGCCGAAGACAUACCGGCUUGGUUAACGCGCUAUGUCGAUCGUAUCAAUCAGCUAAAUGUGUACGAGGAAGCGAUCAACGCGAACCACGUGCUUAUUAACGAAUAUCUUCCGGGGCAAGGCAUAAUGCCUCAUCUUGAUGGACCGCUGUUUUAUUCUACCAUUACAACAAUAUCCUGCGGCUCGCAUACGGUGCUAGAGUACUAUGAUCAAAUCGAGGACAGCGUCUCCGAUAGCAAUGGUUCUUUAGUCCGUCAGCAUGUGGCAAGCAUUCUGCUAGAACCGCGAAGUUUGCUCAUAGUAAAGGACGAUAUGUACCACAAGUACCUUCAUUCAAUAGCAGAUCAGGAGCAGGAUGUGAUCGAUGAUAGGGUAGCGAAUUUAUCGGUGCUAAACAACGUUAAUGUAGGGGACGUACUGCAAAGGGAAAAACGAAUAUCAUUAACGAUUCGUCACGUACCGAAAACAAGUAAAAUGAAAAUAAAAAUAUUUUAG